GAUCAGUUCAAAAGUGUGUUUAUAGUGUGAGGCGGACGGCGCGCGUGAUUACAAAUACUCUGCUUUUCCAUUAUGGACGACAGGUACAAGAAGCGAGGACUCAAGUUCAACAGCACUCUUGAUUCCCGGGUCUUGAGGGCAGUCCACAACCACCAACGACAGCGUGGCCGCCGGGAUGACGUGGUUAACUUAAGGCGCCAAAUGGGGACUUUGGAGGACUCCCCACAAGUGGCAUGCCCUCCCAAGGCUCCAGUGAACAAUGCUGAGAAAGAAGCUGAGCUAAAGCAGAAAGGAUUGGAGCGCUAUCAGCAAAUGCUAAAAUGGAAGGAAAUGAGAAAGAAGCAGUUGGAGAAGGAGAAAAAAAAGCGGAUGCCAUCAUUUAAAACAGGACUAUACCAGCCAAGUCCACCAAAGUAUCUUGUCUCCAAAGAGCAAAAAGAAUUAGGAAAGACGCCCCAGGCUUCCCUGAAAAAGAGAGUAGCUACUCCGGGUGUCUCACUUCGCAAAGUGCCAGUCUUCCAUCUUGGAGGCACUCCUGCGACUUCCCUGCUGAGGGUGCCACAGUUUCAUACUGGAUUAACACCCAGUGUCUCAACUAAGAAACUGAUUCUAACCAGCAAGAAAGAAAAUAAGCAGGAAGACCACACCAUUGCUCAGAGGACACAGGGAGCUCUCAAAAAUGAGAAUGCAAAGCCUGGGAGAAAGAUUGGUGUAAGACGCCAUGCCACUCGCCAGAGAAAGCCUAAUGAGUACAAGGACCUUGGGGUGCAGCCUCUCCCUCUCACACCCCCUGUUGCUGCAUCCCAGGGGAAGACAGAGAAGCCAGCCUUACAGGGCCUGGCAUUCCCAUCAUUUGCCCCUGCUGACUUUGCCUUCAACUUUGAGGCACUCCAGGUUCCAAAAAGUGAGUGUCCUUCAGCUGCACUCCCUGAUGACUCAGUGGCUCCUAGUGUUACAGAAGCUUCACAAGGUCAGCUUAAUGACAAAAAAGUGGACUUUGAGAUGGUGGAUCCUGUAGAGGGAAAACCAGUGGAGGAUGUAUCUGCACUCCAAGAUAAUUUAUCAUUCCAGGAUAAUGAUGUAAAAAUUUCAAAAGCAUGUGAAAGUGAAAUACAGCCUGCAAAUGAAGAGAACUCAUCACUGCAAGAAGAAAAAGAUGCUGUCAUUUCAGAAAGUGGUAAAAAUGAAACCCAGCCUGCAAAUCAGGAGAAGCUAUCACCUGAACAAGACAGAAAUGUUGAUACUUUUGAAACCAGUGAAGGUGAAACAAAACCUGAAAAUGAAGAGAACUCAUCACUACAAGAGGCCUGUAUUUCAGAAACUUCUGAAAACAUGAUCCAAUCUGCAGAUCAAGAAAAAUCAUUCAUGCAAGAAGACAAUAACGCUUAUACAUCAGAAGCAAGUGAAAAUGAAACUGAACUUGGAAAUCAAGAGAACUUAUCACUCCAAGAAGAUCAUGUUUGUAUUUCAGAAAGUAAUGAAAGUACAAUCCAGACAGCAAAUCAAGAGAAAUCACCAAAACAAGACAAAAAUGUAGAUGUUUCACAAACAGAUGAAUGUGAAUUGGAAUCAGAAUCAGAUAGAAGAAAUGUUCAUGAAAUGUUGGCUGAUCAGAUACCUGAAGAUAUAAACCAUGAUGAAAAUGCUGAGGCUGAAGAUCAUCCUGAAUCAUUGUGUAAUAAAGAGAAAAUGAAUGAGGACAUUUGUGCUAAACCUGAAGAAAACACAGAAGGAACCUGUGUGAGAGCUGAAGAUAAUUGCUUGAGUCUCCAUGGUGGGCAUAUUUCCCCUUUGAAGGUGCAGAAUGGAGAGAAUGCAAACCCUAAACCUAAAAGAUCCAGCAGAGCAGCCACCACUCCAGCCAAGUAUCUCACAAGGAGGUCAAUUGCUUGUUGCUUUGAUGGCACCGUGACUCCUACUUUGUCCCGAUUGCGUCCCCGAACUCCCUGCAGCAGAAACACAAGGCGCUCCCUGUCUGCCCACUGUGACAGCCCAUGGGAGAUGUACACUCCCAGCAGGCGCUGCUCUGUGAAGAAAACUCCACGCCGUUCAGUGAGUAAGGCACCCAAACUUACAGGCCUUCAGGAGAGUCAUGAUGCAAGUUUGAUGGCACCUGAAAUAACUGUUGCAAGAAGCCUCUAUUGUGACACUGAGGCAGAGAUGGUGAAUGCCUCUGAAAAAUCAGUACCACUGUCUGACCUUCACAAAACAACCACAGUUUAUGACUUGAAAAAUUCUAGUUCACCACUGAUGACACCUGAAAAUACAUUCCGUCGGGAGCAUGGGAUGUGGACUGUUGAGACAAGCCCUUGGAUUAAUGCACAACGUUCAAAGAAGAGGAACAAGAAAAAGACAGCUGAUAGCUUACCCACUGAUGGGUCACCUAUCCCAUCCCAUCUGAUUCCCAGUCUUCCAGCAUCCAAUGCAACAGAGGCUAAUGCAGGUGAGGAGGAUGCUGUGCGCACCAACCUCCUCCUACUUCUCCAGCCCUCCACAACAGACAAUGUAGAAUCUCCUGAGAUGGAUGUGUGGGGAGAGAGCCCUGCUCCCAAUGCACUGGGAACCCCAAAGACCUCAAAACUAAAUCAAUCGUCCCAAGGUGAAAAAGUACAGCCAGAGGAAAUGCCAUGUGUUGUAGAAGACCUGGAGGCACGUGACAAAGAAGCUUCAGUCUGUGCUGUUCCUGAGUCUGCAGUUUCUGGCUGUAUACUGAUUCCAUGUGUAGAUGGAGAUGAUAAAGUUGGGCAAAGAAGAAAGGCAAGGAAGUCUCGUAAAUCUGUAAUGUUUGCCACUGAGGAGCAGGAGAACGUGAAAACCAACAAAUUACCUGGCACGCCGGUUCAUACAUCUACCAGAGUGUCAAUGGGACUCUUUGCCAAGGUUGAUCUGAAUGUGGAACACCCAAUCAAUGAGGAUCAAGAUCUGAUAGUAUUUGAAACUCCAAAAAGUGAAAAGAAAACAGCAUGUACAAGGAGAUCAGCCCGAAUAAGCCUUCUCCCAGGCAUGACACCAAGCCCACUGAAGGAGACAGCAGCACCUUUGCCUAGUGACCUCAUCACCUGGGACUCACCUGAACCCAGGAGGACUUCAAGAUAUGCAGCCUCCAGCCUGGCCACACCAGUACGCAGGUCCCGCAGGCUGAGCAAGGCUGUAUGAGCAGAAAACACACAGGAUUUGGUACUAUGGCCAGUCAUGGGUAAACCAUGUGAUUUAAGUUUUGUCUCUGAGUUGGACUGAAUGCUUCCACUUUUUCUUGAGGUUUGUUGAAGAAGCUGUCACUGGAGUAAUACAGUUGUAGAUGUGAAUACAGCAUAGCCCUUGAACUCCAAGAUUAUUGAGGGGUAGCGCACUUAUUAAAUAUAUUUUUCUGUGUAAACAAGAUUGUUGAUUAUCUAGGGGCAAAUUUCUCAUUAUGCAGACAGUCCUUGUGCAGAGUAACACCACCAGUGUCCUGACAGAGAUGUUCAUGUAUUUACAAGUGUGUGUGUGUGUGUGUGUGUGUGUGUGUGUGUGUGUGUGUGUGUGUGUGUGUGUGUGUGUGUGUGUGUGUGUGUGUGUGUGUGUGUGUUUUCACUUACUGUGAAUUUUGGCAUUAAGAUCACAUUAAGUACACAACAUAUAUAUUUUUAUCCAACCUGCUUUAAUUACUGCUUAUGAGGCUUUAGAGACUUCUUUAUACAGUAGGAUACGUGAAAGUGAACUUAAUUUGUGACAAGGGAGUGUUUGUUAUGGGAAAUGUGCAUUAGGGAGACUGAAGAACCUAUGGGAAAAAAUUAACUGGUUCCAGGGAACCAGGAAAUAAUAUAAAAAAAUGCCACAAUUAAAAAACAUCAAAAUAAGCACAUUUGCCCUACUGCAUUUGAUAUAACACAACAAAUAUAUACAGUACCCUCCUGAGUUUCAAUCCAAGUCCUAAAUUUUUCCCAUCCUGAGUUUUGCACUGUUGGGACAAGUAGGUCACAUUUACCCACCACUGUCAUCUCUCUCUCUCUCUCUCUCUCUCUCUCUCUCUCUCUCUCUCUCUCUCUCUCUCUCUCUCUCUCUCUCUCUCUCUCUCUCUCUCUCUCUCUCUCUCUCUCUCUCUCUCUCGAAUGAAUGAAUGAAUGAAUGAAUGAAAGAGGGAGAGUGAGGUAUCACCCCCUAGUCCCUUAUUUCUCACAGAGGGGAGGUGACAGGGAGGGAGGUUUGAGACAAGACAAAAAAAGGGAGGAAGGGACAGGCGGCAGACAGAGAAGCAGCGGCUUGCACAGCUAGUGAGUGAGUCUUAUGAGUUUUAGUUUAUGAUUAAAUUUUUAUUCAAAUUUCAGGGCUCACACGAAUGGCAACUUCAUCUUGCCACUUAUGGUUUAUUAUUCCGAUUAAAUAUUUAUUAAAAUUCCACUGCUCACAAGAGUGGUGAGUUCAUUAUGCCAGUUUUGGUUUGUCAUUCUGAUUAGAUAUUUAUUAAAAUUUUAGUGUGUUAUUGCAGUUGUACGUUAUAAUGACUGCUUUGUCACGUAUCCUAUUGUAGUUAGAAAUUUGGGAAUGAUUAUCAUAACCAUGAAUAUUUUUUGCAAGAAAUUAAUUUAGAGAGUAUGAGUUAUAUGUACUAAAGGUAAAUGGAAAUACACUUUUUGAACUUUUAGGUCUUUUAAUACAGACUCAAUAAUGAUACAAUAUCUCCUAAAGAUUAGUUUUCUCUGAUGUUGCAGACCCACUAUUAAUGUUGGCAUAAGGUGUAAGAUGAAUGACACAAAUACAAGCUUUGCUCCUUUCUGUGGUGGAGUGUGCCCUGUGGAAGACUGUGUAUCUGCAUGUGUUCCUAUUGCUGUACACCUUUGAAUCAACACAAUUAUAAGUAUGAGAAUAGAGUGGUUCAUUAUAAAAGUUUAGUAGAUAUGUCACUGAAUGUCUUGAAAUGAAAUUCCCAUAGAUUUACUAUACUACUCAUUAUAUUAAGUUUUAUUUACUUCAGAGAGUAUUCUACCUGCAUUGUUAUGAGGGAAAGCAAUACAUUUCAAGAAUAUAUAUGAAGGAAGCUGCAAAUUUACUAAAAUGGAAUGGAUUAUUAUUAUUAUAUACUGAAUUGUUGAAAUUGCUAUUGGAAGUGUAACAUGGGAAUAUGGCAUAUUGUCUCUUUAACACUAAUCAAGUAAUGAAAAGCAUCUUAUUUUGUGCUCUUGUAAAUUCAUAUUUUUGUUAAAAUGGAAAGAAAUAUAUAACUUAAAGAUUCAUGUUUCCUAACCUGAGAAUUUGAAUAGCUUCAUUAAUGUUCAUGAUAAUGAUAUUGCAUAUGUUGCUGCCUAUCAUGUGUGUGCAUUUUUUUUUUUUUUUUUUUUUUUUUUUUUUUUUUUUUUUCUUCUUCUUUCCUCUGUAGAAGUGUGACUCCUUAUAAGAAGGUUCAGCCUUCUUUAAUUUAGGAAAGCACAUGAAUUAGGAAGGAAUGUUUAUACUUGUUUUCUAUAAUUACCUUCACCAUACUGUGUUCAGGAAUAAUUUCUUUUGCUUUUAUAUGUAUAUAUUUUAUAUGAUCUCUUACAUUUUCUGUCUGGUAGAUACCAAAGGCAAUCUACUAUUUGAACAAAUUAGCUGUUAAACUGCUAUUGUAUCAUCUAUGUUCACAAUAUAUUAAGUGUUUUCUACAGUAGAACAAAAUUUUUUUUUUUUUUUUUUUUUUGCCAUAGUGCAACAGUGUCCUAUAAUAUAAUGAAUUAUUUAUGAUUUAAGUUGAGUAAAUGUAGCAAUAUCAAGUUGCAAAUUUUGGUUUAUAUAUUUUUGAGGAGCUUGAUUCAUGUAACAUUUCUGUAGUGGUGCAAGUUGAUGCCUGGACCAGGGUGAGUGCCCUCCUGCAAAUUGCAGAUUAACUAUUUUCAGAUGAAUUUGCUUUUCUUAUGCUGAGGCUACUAUUUUCUUGUCAAUAAUCUUUUGUAUUUUUCAUCCAAUUUAUUUUAUUUAUUUAUUAUAUUUUUAUUGAUCUUUCCUUUAUUUUUAUUUUGUAUUUUAAUUUUUCUUUAUUUCUUUAUUUUUUUAUUUUAUUUUUAUUUUUAUUUUUAUUUUUUUGUUUGUUUUGUUUUAUAGAGUAAAAAAAAAAAAAUCUUAACCGCUUGCUUAAUGAAGACAAAUAGAUAUCCAUGACUUCAACACUUGAUCAUGUUUCAAUACACACUUUGUCAGCAAAUACCUUGACUCAUUAGUACCAAGCACUAGCAUGCUUGUAUCUCUCAUCUUCCUGAAUUCACCAUUACAUGGUAUGUAGACGAUUUAUAUUGGGGAGAAAAAGCUUCUUGAAUUUAAAGUUCUCAAGAUAUUUAUGUAAUCCUUUGGAAAUAAAUCAAUUGGUAUAUUACAA